AAACGUUUUUCCAAUCAUUUUGUGCGUUACAUCUGACGCGUCGACUCGUUCAUUCUGAAUGGUUGACAGCUACCAAUCCUAUGGACUUUUGAAAGGUGGCGGGCGGUUGUAACUGAAUGAAAUGUUUCAGAAUUAAAGUUACUUUUUGUGUUUAAUUUGUUUGGAUAUACAAAAACGUUAAGCUCAGUGUGUCUUUGCUUUUUAAGGUGAUCUAGAAUACGUAAUCAACGACUAUUCGUUUAUCACGGUGAUUGUUGGUAAUGAGAAGUCAUUUACCUUUGACUUUGUGUUUGACCCAUGCACAGAACAGGAAGAAGUAUUCAACAGUUCUGUGGCCCCUCUUGUUGCUGGGAUUUUUAAAGGAUAUAAUGCUACUGUGUUAGCCUAUGGGCAGACAGGCUCUGGAAAGACCUACUCUAUGGGAGGUGCUUAUACAUCAGAACAGGAAGAUGAUCCAAGUGUUGGAGUUAUUCCUCGUGUCAUCAGAUCUUUGUUCAAUGAAGUCACUCUGGUAACAGACACAGAGUUCACAUUGAAAGUCUCUUAUUUGGAGAUCUACAAUGAGGAGAUUCUGGACCUCCUGUGCACUACAAAGGAAAAGCUUUCGCAGAUCAGUAUUCGAGAGGAUCCGAAAGAAGGGAUCAAGAUUGUUGGACUGACUGAGAAGGAAGUGACCAGUGCAGAGGAUACUGUACAUUGCUUGGAGUUGGGCAACAACUCAAGAACAGUAGCUUCUACAGCUAUGAAUUCGCAGUCCUCUAGAUCUCAUGCCAUCUUUACCAUAACAAUUGAUCAGAGGAAGAAAAUUGACAAGUAUUAAUAUUAACAAAGGGCUGCUCGCACUGGGAAAUGUCAUUAGUGCUCUAGGUGAUGAAAACAGGAAGGGUGGGGGAUUUGUACCCUAUCGUGACUCAAAAUUGACUCGUCUUUUGCAAGAUUCACUUGGUGGAAAUAGUCACACUCUGAUGAUUGCUUGUGUCAGUCCUGCUGACUACAAUAUGGAAGAAACUCUGAACACACUGAGAUAUGCUGACAGGGCAAGAAAAAUCAAGAACAAACCAGUUGUUAAUAUGGAUCCACAAGCCAUGGAGUUGCAUCGCCUUAAACAACAGGUUCAAGAGUUGCAGGUGAUGCUGCUGCAGGCUCAUGGGGGCACUCUUCCAGAGAUAGUGGGAAUUACACCAUCUGAGAACCUGCAAUCUUUAAUGGAAAAGAACAAGAUCCUAAAAGAAGAAAAUGUUAAACUGAGUCGUGAGCUAAGUGAGGCAGCAAGCCAGACUGCACAGGUUGUUGAAAGGUUCAUUAUGGCUGAAAAUGAAAAUGAGAAACUGCAUUCAAAACUGGAAGGAAUUAGUAAGCAUGCUGCAAUGAAAGUGAACCUUGAAAGAGUUGUUGAAGCUUUGGAAGACCAGGAAAUGAAAGAAAAUGUAGAAAUUAUUCAAAACUUACAGGAAAUUAUAGUUCAUCUGCAGGAUGAUGGUGCUGAUAUACCUGCCGGGGCCGAAUCUAUGGAUAGUACAGAAAAUAAUACUUCUGAUCAGCAGAGUCCUGAGAUGGAGAGCAGUUCAGGAGAGAAUCGUUCUUCUGAUGCGUUUGCUACUCAGCAUGCUUUACGACAGGCCCAAUUGUCCAAAGAGCUGGUUGAACUGAACAAGAUCCUGGUGUUGAAAGAGGCUCUACACAAAAAGAUGUCACACAGUGACAGCCAGUUGCAACCUGUCCAGGAGAAGUACCAGGAAAAUAUUAAAGUCCUGGAAUCUGAAGUCUCUGCAUUGCAGAAGGAGAAGGAAGAACUAAUUUUUGCCCUCCACUCAGUUAAGAAAGAUUCCAACCAAGCCAAACUUAGUGAACGAAGGCGGAAGAGGUUGCAGGAGCUGGAAGCACAAAUGACAGAGCUUAAAAAGAAACUGACCGAUCAGUCAAAACUACUAAAAUUGAAGGAAUCCACAGAACGAACAGUGGUCAAACUGAAUCAUGAUAUCCAGUCCUUGAAAAAUCAGCGAGUACAGCUAAUGCGGCAAAUGAAAGAUGAUGCAGACAAAUUUCGUCACUGGAAGCAGGAAAAGGACAAGGAGCUGAUAAAACUGAAGGAACGAGAUCGCAAAAGACAGUAUGAACUUCUAAAAUUAGAAAGAGACUUUGAGAAACAAGCAAAUGUUCUCAGGCGAAAAACUGAAGAGGCAGCUGCAGCCAACAGGCGUUUGAGAGAUGCUCUGCAGAAGCGUCAAGAAGCAGCUGAGAAACGCAAAGAAGCUCAGAAUCGAGGAAUGGAAGGAGUUGCAACAAGAGUAAAGGCAUGGAUAGCUAAUGAGGUGGAAGUUCUUGUUAGCACUGAAGAAGCCCGUCGACAUCUUAAUGACCUUUUGGAAGAUAGAAAAAUGUUAGCUCAAGACCUAGCAGACCUUAGACGACUGAAGGAAACAGGAGAACAGCCAUCUCGUAAGAUCCGGCGUCGAACGUGUUGUGUAGCAGAACUUGAAGCUAUGGAUGACAAUAACUCAACUGACAAAAGAAUUGAGAGCCUGGAGACUGAGAUAAAUCUCAGGAGUGCUCAGAUUGCAGAUUUACAACAAAAGUUACUGAAUGUUGACACUGAAGAGAAGGUGAAACAACGUUGGGAACCAAUCUCUACUAUUAUGGAAGCAAAGUGUGCCCUUAAGUACUUGAUGGGAGAGGUCGUUGGUUCCAAAGUGCAGUGUAGCACACUGCAAGGUGAGUUAGACGUGUCCAAAAUGAAUUACACCGAUCUGCAAAAUACUCUAAGUGAGGAACGCAGUCAGAUGGCUGAACUAGUCAUGGAGCAUGAGCAGCAAAUAAUACAAAUGGAACAGGAUCAUCAUGACAGGAUGACUUAUCUACUGGGACAACUCCAGCAGAAUUCAAAGCAGCCUGAAGAAACCGUGUCUGAGCAUGAGAAACAGUUAAUAGAACGACUACAAUUUCAGGCUGAAGAAAUAGAAAAGUUGAAGGAGCUAUCGGAGAGAAAUCAGCAGCUUAUUCAGGAUAAUGACAUAUACAAGCAGAAACUGGCAUUGUUACAAAUUGCCAGUGGGAAGAAAUUCUCCACUGUGGUGAAUGAAACUAUAUCAUCAUUGGACUCCCCAUUUGACUACAUUCCACCAAAGCCUAAGAAUCGCCGGCGAACAACUGCUAAGGCUCAUGGUUCUACACCACGGAUGAAUUUGGAAGAGCUGAUUUCACUUUCAGAAGACUCCACUUCGGAAGAUGAGGAUAUAGAAUGGAAACCUGAGCUUAUUGCAAAACCUAAAAGGAUGUCCCUUAGGUGUUCUUGUAAAGGUCGUUGUAUGAACAAACUCUGCAGCUGUAAGAGACAAAAGCUAAGCUGCAGUGAAAAUUGCAACUGCUCAGAAAACAAAUGCAACAAUCGGGAAAAAUAUUCGGAUGCCACAGUCACUGAAGAACCAUCAAGGGAAUCAGAAUCAUCAUUAAAACUUGAAGAUCCAACAGAAGUUUCUACAGGAGAAAACUUCUUUAUCCCUCCAUAUAUUUCUCCAAAUACAAAGGUUCUUGUAGAAAUCAGCGAGAAGCAGAAAACUCCUGUGAAUGUUAAACUUCAGAGAAAAGAAAGUGAAGAUAUUCAAAAUCAGACGUUUACAAUUUUGAAGAAAAAGAAGAGACUUUUAAGCACAAACAUGAGUUUUUUCGCUGGGUGCACGCCAGUCCAGGAAGAGGAUGCUUUGUAGAAACUGGUCAGCUAGCUACCUGCUUGCCCUGAUAAAAUAGACUGAGAUCAAAAUAGUUUUUAAUUGCAGGGAACAGUCAUAAUAUCGAGUAUCAUUUCUGCAGUGUGUACUUUCUUUGAAACUUCCAGACAGUGGCAGCUGCGUCUUCAACAAACUAGAAGGGAGGCAUUGCGGAUUUCAUAAUUUGCGUACUAGUUCCAGGUCUGUAGCUGCAUAGCUCCUGUAAAAAGUGCCUCUCUGACUCAUAAUCACUGCCAAUUCAAAAACAGUUUUUAGAUCCGCGAGACAGUAUGGUACCAUUACCAUUAAACAAGUUGUUCACAGCAGUAUAUACUGUUAGUGGUUUAAACCUUCUGACAAUUGUUGCAUGCUUCCCUUUUAGUGAAAUGUCCUUAUAACAGCCCGCCAGUUUAGUCAGUUCAUAGGUAAAAUAUAACAUUUACUGGGAAGUGCACUUGUCUCUCUAAGUCAUUUUAAAUUAAAUAAAGUGGUUAUUUUAAAUGUAGCAUAAAAAAAUACAGCUUAACAGCAUUUAUACGUUUUUUUUAGCUUUAAAAUUAAUAAAGAAAUAUCUACAGUA